UCAUCGUUUUGUAGAUUGGCAAUGUUUAAUUAAAGUAUUACUGGUACUAUGUUCUAUCUCUGUACGUGAAAUUGAUGUAUCUGAAUUGUUCCUAAAUGCGAUAUAUGUAUUAGUAACUAUCUUCACUUGGCGGGAACGGCUCGUGCGAAAGAUGCAUGCGACACUUGCGCGGCACGCGUUCUGCAUAUUGUUUUAUCUGUGUUCACACGCCGAAGCGCAGUGCGUGCGACUCAUGAAAGGUUCAACAGUGUCAGAGAUGGAGGGAAGAGUGGAGGUGUUUCACAACGGAGUGUGGGGCACCGUAUGUGACGACGGACUGGAGUCUUCCAACGCUUCCAGUGACGUCAUAUGUCGGCAGCUAGGGUACAGGAGUGGCAUGUUCAUACCUAAUACUCCUAGUCUGUUCGGUCAAGGCAGUGGUCAAAUCCUUCUUGACCAGUUAAGCUGCAAGGGCAAUGAGCUGGCGCUGGACAACUGCAGCCACUCUGGGUGGGGCCAACACAACUGUGCCCACGAUGAGGAUGCCGGUGUACGGUGCUUUGGAAAACAAGAAGUUUCUGUUCGAUUAGAAGACGCUACGGUUAUCCCGUCAGACAGUGCUAAAUUUGCCUCGACGGUCCAGGGUCGAGUUGAAGUUUUGUACAAUGGCGUUUGGGGAGACAUCUGCGCCGACAGCUGGGACGAAAAAGACGCAAAGACUGUAUGCAGAAUCUUGGGACUUGGCGGCUCAAGCAUACAAGCAGUUGCCAUUGAGCACGUGGCGUCAUCUCUCCUCUGGCUCACAGACGUGGAGUGCUUUGGCACGGAGCGCAGCCUAGACGAGUGUCGACACAGCGGUUGGGGCAACACGGCCACCUGUACUGGAGGGACAGUGGCAGGGGUUAAAUUUACAGUAGCAAGUGGGUUCACCACAACGCCUUAUUCUAUCAGGACACCAACCGUAAACGCUAGUACGGCCAAACAUGUGGCGCCACCUCACGACAAGAUGGAGAAAAAUAUCACCUCCUCUGGCAACAGUAAUUCAGUAAUGACGCCGUCUGUAUACGUGUUUGUAGCAGGAAGCGCUGCUGUCUUCUUCCUCGUUCUCUCCGUUAUGUUUGGAUUCUGUUAUGUGAAAUUAAAACGCAGGUCGGGAGUUUUGCCUAUGACACCCGUCAAAAUGGAGCACAAAAAGAUUGGAUUCAUCAAACAAAAUUCUUUUGACAGUACAAGCAAUCUUCUCAAUGCGUCGAAAAUAUCUAUCGUCACAGACGUAAGCAAACAGCUAGAAGAUGCAAGCAUAAAUGACAACAACGAGUGGCCACGAGGAGUUCAAAUUCGCGCCAAGUUGCCACAGCAACAACAGGAGAUACCACAAGGUACCUUGGGAACAAAGUCACAUGGUCUUCAGGAAGCCAUUUCAAUGAGCAAUCUAAGCGUUCAAUCUGGAACAAUGAAGCCUAUAGGCAUUGCGAGCGCGUCUCCGAGAAACACCCUUCAGAGAACCGGCGACAACGACAGCAGUGACCAUCCUGUGAUAAAUGAGGCGACGUCACGGUAUUCCCAAGACGUGCAGCUUCGAAGAACAAAUGCCUCCCCCGGUCUUAGAGCAACGCUUAUCCGCGAACCAAACGCGCCUCCGAAAGACAAUCCCUUCCAAACUUACAGCAAUCUUGUAGAGUUAGGCCUACAACAAGCACAUAGCACUGACAGCCUAACUCGGGAUAAGCAGAAUGAAUUAGUGUAUUCGUACGCUGUACCUGCGGAGGUGAAAUCACAGCCUCCUCACUUAGCAUCUCUUCCACGAAGACAAGAUACAGUUGACAGCAAGGGCUACCUCCAGUUUCACCCAGGUCACGCGAGUUAUCUCGAGAUUAUGGAACAACCACCCCAGAGUGCCUCGCCUAUCAGUUUCACUGAUACAUUUAUUUCUGAUAGUUUUGAUGAUGAUGAUAUUGGCUAUGAACCGUGUCCUGGUGGUCAAAGGGAUUAUCCGCUGCAUAACCCAGUGCAGUACGUCAACUCUGGAUUUGUCUCUGACACCGCUGUUUAAGUCGUUUAAACAUUGCAAGUUAAUAUUCUACUUACGAUUCCAAUUUUUACGAUCAGGUGCUCCAUAAAACAACUUUUUCAAACAUGGGCUGAACAUUACAGGUUUUCCAGACAAAAUCUGUAACCAAAAAAGUGCACCUGUGUCAGUGUCUGUACAUAAACCCGUAGCUUUGGUGUCAGCAGAUAUCAGCAUUGG